AUGGCGAGCUGCAGGCUGUUUGGCACCCUUGCGCGCUACACCCGCGCCAACGCGAAUUUCACUUCGAAAUGCACAGGUGUGCAACAAUCAAUGAGAGCACUAACAUCCGAAGCAAAUAGGAAAUACUUUAAAUACAAAACUGUUGGCGAUGUAGCAGUAAUCACCAUAGAUUCUCCAAAUGCCAAAGUAAACACCUUAAACAAGGAACUAAUGGCGGAGAUAGAAGGAUUACUCAAGGAAAUUCAAACAAAUUCUCUUGUAAACUCAGCAGUUAUUAUUAGUGGAAAACCAGACAACUUUAUAGUUGGUGCGGACAUCACUAUGUUACAAUCUCUUCCGGAUGCAGAAGCUGGUUAUCAACUAGCGAAGGAUGGUCACAGAAUUAUGGAUCUAAUAGCAAACAGUACAAAGCCAAUUAUUGCUGCUAUUAAUGGGUCAUGUCUUGGUGGAGGAUUAGAGGUCGCGUUAGCGUGCCAUUACAGACUCGCUGUUAACAACAAGCAAACCAAUUUAGGAUUGCCGGAAGUAAGGCUUGGACUCCUUCCUGGCGGCGGUGGUACUCAGCGCCUGCCUCAGUUGGUUCCCCUUGCCACCGCUCUGGAUAUGGUUCUCACUGGUAAAAAUCUUAAGCCUGACAAAGCGAAGAAAGUUGGACUAGUGGAUAUCGUUGUCAAUCGCCUUGGACCAGGAGUUGCAUUACCUGAAGAAAACACAAUAAGAUAUCUGGAGGAAACUGCAAUAAAAACAGCACAGGACAUUGCCAACGGAAGACUGAAGAUAGCGCGCGGUCCAAAAUCUCUCAUGGAUAAGAUAACGCAACAGGUUUUAUCCAUCAACUACGUCAAGGAUCAGGUGUUCAAGAAAGCAAAAGCCCAAGUGAUGAAAAUGACGAAUGGUUUGUAUCCAGCUCCGCUUAAAAUUCUAGAGGUGGUGAGAGUCGGUCUGGACAAAGGUCCCGUUGCUGGAUUUGAUGCCGAGGCCAAGGGAUUCGGUCAGUUGGCAGCUACACCAGAGUGUAAAGGUCUUACCAAUUUAUUUUUCGGCCAGACAGCUUGCAAGAAGAAUCGUUUUGGUGCGCCCAAGAGUACAGUCAAAAAAAUUGCUGUACUUGGCGCCGGUCUGAUGGGCGCGGGCAUCGUUCAAGUCAGUAUUGACAAAGGUUUUGACGUCAUUAUGAAGGACACCAACGAAGCUGGACUAUAUCGCGGUGUAAACCAGAUACAAAAGGGUCUGGACACCGCUGUGAAACGUAAACGAAUCUCCAGUAUCGUAAAAGAUAAAUAUUUGUCCCAUCUCGACGCGACAUUGAAAUACGACUCCUUCAAAGACGUAGACAUAGUAAUCGAAGCCGUCUUCGAAGACAUCGGCAUCAAACACAAGGUCUUGAAGGAGAUUGAAGCCGUAGUACCAAAUCACUGCAUCAUCGCGACCAAUACGUCCGCUAUUCCUAUCACAAAAAUUGCUGCUGGUAGCAGCCGUCCUGACAAAUUGAUUGGUAUGCACUACUUUUCUCCCGUCGAUAAAAUGGAGCUACUAGAAAUUAUAACUCACAAAGGAACAUCUGAAGAAACAAUCAAGUCUGCUAUAGACGUUGGCUUGAAACAGGGCAAGACUGUUAUCACAGUUGGUGAUUGUCCUGGAUUUUAUACCACAAGAAUACUUUCUACCAUGUUGUCGGAAGCGAUUAGGCUAUUACAGGAAGGCGUGGAUCCAAUGCAUCUGGAUAAACUAACAAAGACAUUUGGCUUUCCUGUCGGCGCAGCCACUUUAUCUGACGAAGUCGGCAUUGAUGUAGGUGCUCACAUUAGCGUCGACCUCGCAAAAGCUUACGGUGAACGCUUUAAGGGAGGAGACGUAAAUAUUCUCUCCGAUAUGGUCAAGGCUGGUUUUCUCGGACGUAAAUCCGGCAAAGGUAUAUUCGUGUAUGAAACUAGCUCCAAGAACAGAGAUGUAAAUAUGGGCGCGUUGGACAUUAUGAAAAAGUAUAAACUCGAGCCUAAGGGUAGCACGUCCGACGAGGACCGUCAGAUGAGAUUGGUCUCGCGGUUCGUCAACGAAGCGGUGCUGUGCUUAGAAGAAAAUAUUCUAGCUAAUCCUUUGGAGGGAGAUGUAGGAGCUGUAUUUGGUUUGGGCUUCCCGCCGUUCUCGGGUGGUCCAUUCCGUUGGGUCGAUGCGUAUGGAGCUCAUCGACUUAUUAAAAAGAUGGAAGAGUUCCAGAAUCAUUACGGCGAAACUUUCACGCCAUGCCAAUUACUGCGCGAACACGCAGCCGAUUCUACACGCAAAUUCUACCCGAAAUAAGAGUUUCAUAGCAAUCCAUUAUCGGCAUAUCUUCACGUUGAUUAAUGUUCAUCCGAGAGCUGUAUUAUAUUUGUUUACUUCAGGCUCAGAGAAACAAAGGAAGCAUCUCGAAAGGUACGAAAAUUAACCCUUUACUGUCCUGCAACUCAAUUUGGAGUUUGCUAUUAUUAUAUCUCGUGUGUGCUCAUUCGUUAAAAGGCUCCAAAAAUUGGAAGAAUGUUUAUCAUGUUCUUCUAAUCAUGAACACUUUUUUUCAUUGUGACAAAAUAAAUAUAAAUUUGUUGAAUUUUAACCAUAGGACUACACGCUAUAUUUUUGUAAACGCAAUACUGAAUCUAAAUCUUUCAAACUUAGCUAUUGUCAAUUUCGGUAAGAAAUACAUAUAUUUCAACAAAUUCUUUUCUAGUAGAAUGCCAAAUAACACAUUAUCAGAAUACGAUUAUAAAAUCGAUUCCAAUUUAUUAGUAAAAUUGUAACAUAUAAAGAUUUUAGCUAGAAGAAAUUUUUAAGAACAUUAAUACCAUGAACUUUUCAUUGGAUUUCACAUCCAUGUGCCUAGUCCUAAGGUUAAUAGAUUUAAUUCUUUUAUAAUCUUAUUUCUGAUCAAUAUAUCAAUGUAGAAAAGAUACAUUAUCAGAAAAAAAACGUUAAAAGAAAUACAGCUUGGACUAUAUUUAAAACAACUUUAUUCACGCGAGAUAUACAUUACGACGCGAUUCCACGUGUGCAGGUCAAAUGGGAGGGGCUAUAAUGCGUGCCACGCAUAACGCACCGCGAGGCUGUCGCAACUUCUAGAGUACUAUAUAUUUUUGGAUUUAGUCUUUACACAUCCCACGCCCAUCCGCGAACGCAUUGUAGAUAUAUUCGUGCAUUUAUUAAUUUCGAGAAUUUUAUAUGCCACAAAUAUUUGAUACCUUUACAAAUAUCUUUAGAACACCUUUACAACAUUGUAAAUUAAGUGAAACCAUAACAGUUGUAAAUCUAUUUUUGCAAAAUUUAUUAGAAAUAAAGAAUUUAUAUAUUGAGUA